CGUCUCCGACGGGCGGGUUCCGGUUCCGGCGGGUCCCGCUUCCGGUUCCGGCAUGGCGCGGAGCACGCUCUCGUCGCGCUUCCGCCGCCUGGACGUGGAGCGCUUCGACGGGAGCCGCUUCGAGGACGAGCCCGAGGAGGCGCCGCCGGCGGAGCCCGAGCCCGGCCCCGAGGCGGAGGCGCUGCUGCGGCAGGGGGACGCGGUGCGGGCCCUGCAGGCCGCCCUGCGCAGCGCCCCGCGCCUCGCCGCCGGCCCGGACGCCAAGGAGCAGGCCCAGGGAACCAUGCUUAAAGUCCUCACGUCUUUUAAAAGCAGUGAGAUAGAACAAGCGGUGAACUCCUUAGACGGAAACGGCAUUGACUUGUUAAUGAAGUAUAUUUAUAAAGGAUUUGAAAAGCCAACAGAAAAUAGCAGUGCAAUAUUACUUCAAUGGCACGAAAAGGUAGGUGUCCCCUCCGCUGCCCUCUUGGCACCGCCAGGAGAGCCCCUGGGAGGAGAAGUAUGUGAGAUCCCUCCCUGAGGAGCGCAGUCCUUGGUCUCGCGUUUUACCUUUGGUCUCUUCGGGCUCGGACUUUUGAAGCGUUUGCCUGAUUUCAGAGCUUUCCUCAGCCAGGGGGAAGAGGUGAGACUUGUGGCAGGGCAGCGACUGCUGCAGGAGGCGUUGCACGUUCUGACUAAUGUGUGCGGUGGUUUCGCCCACCAAGGAGAGAGGACUGGGAGCAGGGAUGUAACUGGCUGAGAGGUGUUUUGUUGGUUUGUUGUAGCUGAGUGUUUGCCUAGUGGGGGGCUCGGGUCUGACGCUUCCCAUCAGCCAGGUGCUUUCAGCACGCUGGGACCCAGCUCAACGGGAUUUCGUGAGCCUGCUUAGUUUGCACGGCGAGGGCUUCUGCCAGCUCUGGAAGGAUUCCGGUGGCAGCUGCAGCGGUGCUGCCUGGAGUUCCCGUGAGUUGCUCGUAGCCGGGUAGGGGAGGGUACGGAGAGGACAGGUGUGCUUGUGCUCAUCAGCUGACUGGUUUUUGUGCUGGGGCGAGGCAGGUGAAGCAAGUGUUCUGUGCCACCGCUGCCCGGUGGGAAUGCUACUGAAACGACUGCAGACUCCCCCAGCUGCACAGGUUUUUAACCGCAGCA